AAAAGUUUUGUUCGAGAACGAAGUCUGACACCUAGAUGGCCCGCUGACUGUCCUGUAGCUGUCCACGUCUCCUUCAGGACAUACUGCAAUACUUCAUAUGUGUACAUGAAUAACAAAGACGAAGAUGCCUUCACACGAACUAAUAUUCGUAUUUGUUGCAUUGAUAAUAGAUUCGGUCCACUUACAGAUGCUUCCUCCUAAAUUUCCCCAAAAUGUCUACGCACUCAUUCAUGAGGACAGAGCAAACGGUUCCCUGAUCAAAUCUUUUAAUGUCACCGACCAAGAUAGUGCCAGCAUAACGCUGGGGAUAUUUGAUGAUUUUACCCGACAGAGCGUUUACCUUAACCAGACCAAUGUUAGUUCCGGGUUCGUGACAGGCCAUAUAUACCUAAUCAACCCUGACAGUUUCGAUUUCGACAGGGGUAAUAGUGAAGUAAAGCUGGCAUUCACAGCAUCUGAUGGAGGGGGCAACACGGUGACGGGGUUUGUACGAGUGUACGUGAAUGAUGUGAAUGACAACCCGCCCGUUUUCAGAAGGCCAGCAUACGUCUACAACAUACCUGAGAAUUCAAAAUAUUCGUCAAACCACAGUGCGAAUAUUUCAGCGACCGAUGCAGAUGAUGGGGCAAACAAGGCCUUUGUAUACAAAUUAGACGCGACAGGCCAGGUGAGCGUUUUUCAGUUGUUUAUAUUGUAUAAAGACGUCUUCAGCAUCGAUCCACAAGAUGGACAGCUCAUACUUCAGAAACCAUUAGAUUAUGAGACGCUCAGCUUUUACCAAUAUAAUAUAGUGGCCGUGGAUAGUGGGACUCCUCCUUUGACAGGGACAGCUGAAAUAACAAUCAAAGUGACAGAUGUUCAGGAUACGCCUCCGAAUUUCCAAGGAUUACCAUAUAUAUUUACUAUCAAAGAAAAUUCUUCAUGGGCUGGAAAAGAUAUCCUUGCCAUGGACGGUGAUCGGGGAAUUCCUAGGAAUAUUCAAUACAAAAUUGUGAAUGCUUCAGGCUGAAGAGAUAACAAAACC